CCUUCGCACUCCCACAAAAUUCAUGCCUAACAAACAGCCCUCGCAGAGCCUCAGCUGAAAACAACUCUGCAGCUUUCUUGUCCAAUUCCCUCCCUUUAAAAAUCCUCAUAUGCUCUCUCUAACUCCCACCAACAAAAACACCACCACAAUGCUCAAACUCCUCAGCAGGAAGCUCCUCCGCCUCUGCUCCCGCCUCCGCUGGCCGCUCUGCCGCCGCUCCCGCCCCAAAGUCGUCAUAAAAGUUUUCGGGAAAACAAGCUCCAGAAAAUCCCAACCCGAAAAUGAAGCCAAUGGCACUCAUGCGCCGGCGGCAGUACACCCCAAUACCGACUUAAAAAAAGAGCGGCCGAUUCGGGUGGCGACUUUCAACGCCGCCCUCUUCUCAAUGGCGCCGGCGGUUCCCAAAGCCGAGAAAUUCGGGAACUUGGACGGCGAAAAUGGAGGUAGUAGCUUGACGAUCCAUAAACACGUCAGUCGAACAAAGUCUUCGGGAAGCGAACGUCCGAAGAGUAUUCUGAAACAGAGUCCUCUGCAUCCGAAUUCGAUGAACAACUCGGAGAAUCUCACGAAACAGCAGAAGUUCUCGAAAUCCAAGUUAAGGGUUUCGAUCAAUCUUCCGGAUAACGAGAUUUCCCUGCUGAAAAACCGGCAAUUGAGCUUUUCGGAAGGCAGAGCAAAGGAAGAUGCUUUCUCUCCCGUGACCGGAAAAUCGCCUCUGAGAUCGUCGAGUGUGAGGAUUUCGGGAGUUUUGAGAAGUGGGGCGACGGCAGAUGGAGAUUUGCACAGAAGUCAUCGGACGGUUCUUGAAGUUUUGAGAGAGCUGGAUGCUGAUGUUCUGGCGCUGCAGGAUGUGAAGGCGGAGGAGGAGAAGGAUAUGAAACCGCUGUCAGACUUGGCGGCGGCGUUGGGGAUGAAUUAUGUUUUUGCCGAGAGCUGGGCGCCGGAGUACGGCAACGCCAUCUUGUCGAAAUGGCCGAUUAAGCGGUCCAAGGUCGAGAAAAUCUUCGAUGACACCGAUUUCAGGAAUGUCCUGAAGGCCACCAUUGAUGUUCCUGAAGCAGGAGAAGUCAACUUUCAUUGCACCCACCUCGAUCAUCUUGAUGAGAGUUGGAGGAUGAGGCAGAUUAAUGCUAUAAUCCAAUCAAGCAAUGAGCCCCACAUCUUGGCUGGAGACCUCAAUUCUUUGGAUGAGUCAGACUACUCUCAAGAAAGAUGGACUGAUAUUGUAAAGUAUUAUGAGGAUAUGGGUAAACCAAGGCCCAAGGUUGAAGUAAUGAGAUACUUGAAGAGCAAGCAGUACACAGAUGCAAAGGACUUUGAAGGAGAAUAUGAGUCAGUGGUUAUGAUUGCCAAAGGCCAAAGUGUGCAGGGAACAUGCAAGUACGGAACGAGAGUAGAUUAUAUAUUAGCAUCUGCGAACUCACCUUACAAAUUUGUUCCUGGAUCAUACUCAGUGUUUUCUUCCAAGGGGACAUCAGAUCAUCAUAUAGUAAGAGUUGAUGUUGUAAAAGUGGAUAAUUGUGGUGAAGAAAAUAACAGCAGAAGAAGGCAGCUGAAGCAAAAAGUUACCAAGAUAACAAACCCUACUUCCCAGUCAAAAGGAAUAUGGAAAAUCCCACAUAUAUGAAAAGAGCGUGCUAUCUACACACAUCUUUUUACCUUUCAUACAAUCUUCUCAAUUUCCGAUCAUCAGCUCGAAUGAAAUGAAGAAGAUCAAAUGAUAGAAAUUAACUUAAAAUGUGUAAAAGAUAAGCGAGGUGUGUAGAUAGCACAACCCAUAUGAAAAAAACAUAUAGAUUAAUAAUUGACUUUUACUUUUACAGUUUAGAUUUAGGGUUUGGUUUGUUGAAGGAAGGGCAGGUUCUGGCUUGGGAUCUGCAUUUAUCUCCUACAGUUAGUAAAAUAUUUUCAGUCUACAUGGGUUGUUAGGGAUACAACAAGUCAAAGGAAGAGGUGGAAUUUGGUUGGUUGGUUAGCAAUUUUUUACUUCUUCAAAUUGUACAGCAGAGUGAAAAAGUUACAUAUUUUGAUAGUGAUUUCUUUGUUCUUCGCUUUC